AUGUGCAUUAAUUGCGUAAUUUUUUUAGUUUCUUCAUCUAUGUUUUUUCGAUUUCUUUUACAUUCUUUUCUUCUUCUGCAUCCUUUUAUUGUCUAG